AUGGAGGACUGUGUCUACCAAGCUUCUAACAACCACAUAGAUACGGAAACUUUGACCAAGCUCCUUCGGCUGCUGGUAAAAAUGCAAGAUUUUCGAACACUUUACGGACUCUUUAAAAAGCCCAACUCUCCCCUCUUCAUCUUUGGAUUUCACCUCCUAGUUUGCGCUGCAGGAUAUGAAGAUAUCGUUCGUGUGCUUGUAAUGCAUCCCGCCAGAAAGUCUCACAGCAGUGACCCAACCGCAUUAAUGGCCGCCUACUCCAACGGCGAUCAUAGAAUUGUGGAACUAUUACUUGAAUUUGGUGUAGGUCCUAACCUGCGCAGUUCCAAGGCGUGGCGAACAGCACUCGAUAUAGCGGUCAGAAAGUGCCAUUAUGAGAUCGCCGAAAUGCGACUAGAGGCGGGGAUAAAUCCGGACGGCAAGAAGCUGGUCAGAAACGGAGCAGAUGUCAACGGACCCCUGGCGCCUUUUCAGGUUGAUAAUUCAACGCGCAUUGUCAGUAUGAUGGAACUGUUAAUGAGGACCGACGCUGCCAUGAAGCCGUAUGUACCCCAAUAUGGUAACACGGCACAGCAUGAAGCAAUCAUCUGUGGCAAUCUAGAGGCUGUUCACUUCCUGAUAAGCAACGGAGCAAACGUUAAUGUUGGAGCCUUUAUGAAGUCAUUGCAUACGUCUUUGCAGGAGGCCAGUUGGCAGAGACAUUAG